UUUCCAUAGCCUCGUGAAAGAACAACACCACCAUAAGGAAAAAGACCACUUGCAAUAUGACCCCAUUGUAAACGUGGAGCCUUUCUUUUAUAUGUACCUCAACCUCAAGUCUGCGGUACUUGAUAAAAGUCGUCGAUCCUCAAGUUUCUGAAUAACAAAAUUCCUCUCCAAUUGGUCAUGUCUUCUUCACAGGAUUGGAUUCAUACUCUUAUGAACCCCUCGCCUUUGGGCUUGAUCAUCACAAUUAUCCUAGUCCUCUCGAUACCGAUAUUCCUCCACUCUGUAGUAUUUCGCGCAACUGGUUUCACAUCUUUACCCUCUAUUGUGCUGAUUGGACCAAGCGGCGCAGGGAAAACAGCACUUCUUACUCUUUUUGAACGAGAGAACAAACCUGCAACUACUCAUACUUCUCAAACAAUUUCAUCUGCCGAAUGUUCUCUACCGGUCGAUACAGUAGCUGCCUCAAAUAAAUAUCGUUCCGUCAAUGAUCCUACCAAUCAAGUUCACAAGAAAUUCCUCCUAAUCGAUACUCCUGGGCAUGGAAAACUGCGACACCAUGCAUUCGAACAGCUCUCAACUGCUCAAAAUCUUCGAGGUGUAAUAUUUCAAGUCGAUGCUACUACAUUGGGAGCUGGAGAUGAGGGUUUAAGAGAGGCUGCCGAUUAUCUACACGAUUUACUGCUCCUCAUGCAAAAGCUCAUGGAUGGAAAAACUACCACAAAAACACCUCAAGAACUACCAAUACUCAUUGCUGCCAACAAGAUGGAUCUAUUCACUGCUCUUCCAGCCGCAUUAGUCAAAAGUAGCCUGGAAAGAGAAAUUACCAAAGUUCGAGUCUCGCGAUCGAGAGGUUUACUUGAUUCGGGGAUGUCUACAGAGGAGGACGAAGAUAAAGAUGAAUGGCUUGGAGAAAUGGGUUCUACCGACUUCAAGUUUUCACAAAUGGAGGAGUUCAACAUCUCUGUUGAAGUAGCGGGUGGUAAUAUAAUUGGAUCUGAUGGUGGAUCAGUUGAUGCUUGGUGGAGGUGGGUAGCCAACAGAUUAUAAGCGAAUGAAGCUUUUCCCGCAUUUCACAUUCUAGGAUUCAUCUAAUACCCCUCAUGAACCUUAUCUUCACAAGUUUUUUGUUUAUGUGAAUAGCUCAUCACGUUAAUUGGGAUGACAAAACUUCCUUUUAUAAUGUUUUAAUAUUAUUCUAAUAAAUUUGAGAUGUCUUGGCUACUUUAUUAUGAAGGGCUUACCUACCUACCUAGCUAAGCUCUAGCUGUUCUGGUCACAUUACAUGAUUCACUAUUAUGAAAGCUAGCAGUUCGCAUCCUUUGUAACGUCAUUGCACCGUACAAUAAAAUCUAGUUGAAUCAAUUCACUUUCUCUCAUGCACUGUAUUCAU